AUGCCAAAAGCUGACAAUGGGAACCUCAGUAUUGCCUCUACCUUCAUCAUUGUUGGGUUUGAGACCCUACGAGAGAUUGAGCUUCUAUUAUUCUCAAUCUUUACAGGUAUGUACAUCCUCACUAUUGGAGCCCAUAUCCUCGUCAUUACAUUGGUGGCAGUGGACAAACAUUUACAUAAACCGAUGUACAUACUUCUAGCUAACUUCUCCAUGCUUGAGGUGCUCUACACCACCGUGACUGUUCCAAAAAUGCUUGAUGCCUUGCUGACCCAACAUAAAGAGAUUUCAUCUCCAUUCUGCCUGGCUCAGUUCUACUUUUUGUUUGGCUUUGGAGCUUCAGAGAACUGUCUUCUUGCAGUGAUGGCUUAUGAUCGCUAUAUAGCCAUAUGCAGGCCCCUUCGUUACACCACCAUGAUGACUGGUAGAACCAGCAUUAACUUGGCUCUUGGAGCUUGGGUUGGAGGCCUCCUGGCUGCUUUUCCUCCCGCUGUGUGGAUUGCCACUUUGAAAUUUUGUUUCCCUAAUUUUAUAGACCAUUUCUUCUGUGAUUAUGCCCCUCUACUGAAACUCUCGUGUGAGGACACAACAGCAGGAGAGUUUGUCUUUAUGGUCAUGUCCUGGAGUGUUAUUUUGGGUUGUUUUAUCCUUAUCAUGGUGUCCUAUGCCCUCAUUAUUUUUGCAGUCCUAAGAAUCCCAUCAACUGCUGGACAAAAGAAAGCAUUCGGCACUUGUGGUUCCCACCUUGCCGUGGUGUCUAUUUUUUAUGGAACUGUCAUUUUCAUGUACAUUCGGCCCACCUCCCAUAUUAAGUUUUCACUCGACAAGGUGAUCUCUGUCUUCUACUGUGUAGUGACUCCUUUGAUGAAUCCAAUCAUAUAUUGUCUGAGGAAUCAGGAGGCUAAGGGUGCAGUGAUCAAAAUGCUACAUAUGCUGACAAAAAGUGACAAUGACUUGGUUUUGAGAGCCCAUGUGGCCAAAAACAUCAGCUUUCUGGAAAGUAGAAAGGACUAA